AUGGCCGCCACCACAUUCUCCCCAUUAAUGGAGGAGGAGGAAGACUCCGGCUUCGCCUCACUUGGGUGUAGCCAAAAUGCGGCCGGAGCCCCCGUCGACUUCUCCGCCUUUCAAUUAUCGCCCGCCAAAGACCAUGUAAUGACCGAUGCGGCCGAUGAAAUGGCUGAUCUUCACAUUGUUUCUUCCAAACGUCCAGUCAUCCGCCGCCCCUUUGGCGAUCGCACUAAUAGCUGCGAAGAGUCGCCAAAAGGACGUUUUAUCCCAUUGAACAGAAGCCUUUCCGAAACGAUGAGCAGCCUCUUCAAGAACAAGCGCAAGCGUUCCCAGCCGCAGUUGAGUUAUGAUGAGGAGAAGCGCCGCCGUGAUUUUGAGCCCGCGCAACCCGGCCCUUCCUCCCAACCUGUCGAUCAACACUCCACAACCCCGGGAAAGCGCCAAACCCCUCAAUUCCGCCGCGCACUUUCUUUCGCUUGCAUCGAGGGUCAUCACUCGAUUCCGGUUGAGGAUGAAUCGACGUUCACCCUCCCCUACAUCCACACCUCCGACUCCACGGCGUUCAAGCGCGUCACCAGCGAGACAGUGGCCGAGUUGAUUCUAUCUCAUUCGCCCGAGGAAUUCCAUCGCAAGUUUAUCCUUGUCGACUGCCGCUAUCCUUUUGAGUAUAAUGGAGGACACCUUAAGAACGCCAUCAACCUCUUUGCCGAAGGCGCCUACGAUGCCACCAGAAUCCCGAGCAAGCGUCUAAUGGAGGUCUUCUACCCCGAAUGCCCCAUCCAACGCAAGGAGAUGCUCGCCCGAAUCCCCAUCUUCUACUGCGAGUUCAGCACCAAGCGAGGGCCCGCUAUGGCAUCUUCCUUGCGCAGCAUCGACCGGACGAUGAAUCAGGAUUCGUAUCCCUACGUCGAUUACAAGGAGAUUUACUUGCUUCAGGAUGGCUUUAAGGCUGUUUGGACGAAGAUUACGAAGCAUGGGCUUACGGGAGAGAUCCUCGAACCCCAUGGCUACACCGCAAUGGCACACCCCGAUUACGCGAGCGAGCUCAAAAAGUACAAACUUCACCGCCACGGCAAUGGUGCUAUGAUGACAGCCAUGCGGCAACUUGUCCAGCGCCCCCAAUCCCAGCUCCGCCUAAAAGAUGAAGCCCCCAAGCCCAUCACCCCUGCCCACAGGCGUCUCCGACCUAUGCGUCUGGAUAUGACUCCAGGCAGUGAAAAUAACUCCCCACGUCGUCUUUCAUCCCCA